UCACCAGAUCUGCUGAUGAUGACAGUGAAGUGUGCAGGUGACUGUCACGGCACAGCACAGCUGGGCAGAAAACACAGGGAGUGCACAGCCUGACUGCGGGCAACUGCAGCUGCUCAUAUAUAGCUGUGAGCUGAGAUUGUGUGGCAGUUGCAACAACAAAAGAAGCCUAAGUGGGUGCUGAGCUGGUUACUCUAGUGUGACAGCAUCCUGAAGAGGGGUGCAGGGGAAGCCCUCAACCCAUGUGGAGAAGGAGUCAAGAAGCUAUUCAUCUGAGAAGCAGACACGGGAAUGUGCAGAAGGAGCUCCUGUGGCAGGAGCUUCCUGAAGGCAAAGUCAGCCAGGCAUGGACAUCAUAAACUAGAAGAUGCUGGUAUAGCAGGCAUAACUGAAAAAAAAGAAGACAUCAAACCUGAAAAAAGUCCUGAAAAAAGCACACAGCACUCAAAACCAUGUGUGGACAGAAGACGUGUCAAUUACGCUAAGUUCAUUCACACGAAUGCAAGGACAUACAACGAGCCAGUUCCCUACAUUGACAGCAAAGGGCCGUCGAAGCAGAGAAAAUGGUGGUUCCACAGUGAAACGAAAGAGCCUGUCUCCCAGCCACCUUACGACACCAAGAGCACCCAGAGAAGUGAUUUUCAAACGCCAGCUUGCCCACUGGUUUUGCCAGUCAGACCCAACAGGAUGCGAAAGCCUUCUUGUGGAAUAGUUCCGCUUACGUGCCUGAGUUCAUCAGAACAUAAAAACAAUUUCGUAGAAUACAUCUCCUUUAUUCAUCAAUAUGAUUCCAGGAAAAGUCCCAAUGAGCCCAUCUGGGGAAAGAGACACGGAACCUUUGUGCAGAGAGAGAUAAAGCCACAGACUCUGCCGAUAGUUCCCAAGGAGGGACCAGAGGUAUUACCAAACGCUCUAGGGUCAUGUUCAUCAGAACAGCCCCCAAAAACAGAAAAAGGAAACUCGUCAGGAGACAGAAUGACCUCACCAGGCCCACGCUGGCAGAAUUCCCAAGAACUGCUGCAGACGUAGAUCAACUUAUGAGAAGCAGAAGGUCCAGCGCCUGGUGUGGGUGAGGACUGUGGCGCACUGUAGGGCGAACUCUUCUCACCAGGCACGAGCCCUCAAACCCACUAAUAAUAAAGCCAGGGUAAGUGAGGACAAACUCUGGUGUUCAGAUAAAAACGUCAUCUCUGGAAUGUAGGCAGAUUUCCCCAAUGUCAUGUAGGCACUUGGCACUGGCGUUGUUGUGUUCAGAACACAGAAUUUACAUAAAUAGGGGGAAAGAUUAAAUAGCCCAGCCCAAUUUUACAUGGCCCCAAUGAGUGAUAGAUUAUGAAACAGUCUAUCUGUCUCUUUUAUAAACAAAACAACUUAACAGAAAAACAGGAUCUCAAAGGAGAGGCCCGGUUCACUCAAUCGAUCGUUAGUCACAGCCCUCAAGUCCCACUGGUUGGGAUGCUGACUGUGCUUCAUGAAAGCUGUGUGGCCUUGUGUAAGUUAUUUAACCUCUGGCUUAGUCAGGGUUUCUGAUGCAAUGAAGCACCAUGACCAAAAUGUGCACUGGGGAGGAAAGGGUUUAUUUGACUUCACACUUCGGCGUUGCCGUUCAUCACUGAAGAGAUUCAGGACAGGAAGUCAAACAGGGCAGGAUCCCGGAGGCAGGAGCUAACGCUGAGGUCAUGGAGGGGUGCUGCUUACUGGCUUGCUCCUCAUGGCUUACUCAGCCUGCUUUCUCAUAGAAUCCAGGACCAGCUGCUAGAGAUGGCACUGCCCACCAUGGGCUGGGCCUUCCCCUAUUGAUCACUAAAUGAGAAAUGCCUUACAGCAGGAUCUCAAGAAGGCAUUUCCUCAGCUGAGGCUCCUUCCUCUGAUGACUCUAGCUUGUGUCACAUUGACACUCAAAACCACCCAGUACCACCUCUUUAGAUUUCAUAAAGUUAUUGAGCAUGAGAUUGUACACACUGAUCAAUAAAUGGUCAUUGUAAUGCCAUGGUUACUAUUACUACUCUCAGACCUCCUCUAUACACAACUGAGAGUGUGAAAACCAAAAGCAUUCAUCAGUACAGUCACACACACAAACACAAAUCAAAGACUCAUGAGAACUUAGGAGAUGAAAGACCUCCUACAUUGUUUUGACCGCAUCAUAUAUCACACUAGCUUGGUUUAGAUGAUUUGGUAAAAAUUGCUUCUAUGACUCUUCUGACUUGUUAUGUUGGAUGUGCCAUGAUAUGGAGAAUUAGGUGGAAGGGUUGUGUACAGAAGCACAUGAUAUACACAUGGAGAAUUAGGUGGAAGGGUUGUGUACAGAAGCACAUGAUAUACACAUGGAGAAUUAGGUGGAAGGGUUGUGUACAGAAGCACAUGAUAUACACAUGGAGAAUUAGGUGGAAGGGUUGUAUUGUGUAAGAGAAGAAGCACAUGAUAUACACAUGGAGAAUUAGGUGGAAGGGUUGUAUUGCAUAUGAGCAGAAGCACACGAAUUUUCCUCUGAUUCAGACAACAAUUUCUCCUCCACCUCAUCCCCACUAAGAGAAGUUUAAUAAACUACAAAGAGUCAUGCUUGUGUGUUGGGGAUUUCUGUCCUGGUGGAUAAAGGCUGAUGGUGAACCGUUUCGAUGCCAAAAUUCAGUAUAAAAUAAACAACCAAAUAGAGAUAAUCAUAAAGGAGAGAACUCCUGUGUUCCAAAAUAGGAAAGGGGCUUGUUUCUGCACCAGUGUGUAAUCUGACAAUGUUGUCAAAGCACACACAUUGCCAUAUAGUCGGGGUGAAGCUGACUGCAUUAGUACCCAUUAGUCAAAUCAUCCUCAGAUCCUACCUGUUUCGUGAGUUCUAGUUGCUAUUAAUAAUAAAAACCAGAGAUAGAUAUUAGGGGGUGAAAGCUGAAAGAUCAGAGAAGCAGAGCAGCCCGCCACUAGAGAACUUACCUCUACAAUUCUCAGCUCCCAAAGAGACUACGCUCCAUUAUCUGCCCAGCCAUAUCACUUCCUGUCUGUCUGUACAGACCUCCAGACUCUAUGGUUAACUAAAGGCUAGCCCCUCCCUCUGAUCUUUAGGCAAGCUUUAUUUGUAGAGCACAAACAAACAAUCACCAUACUUACCUGCAUAUCUCAACUCCCUUCCAAAGCAAGGCUGUAGUACUGAAACAGUCUAUACUGAUGAUGGUCUAGACUCUCAUAAUCAAAGAAGAGCAUGCACCCAAGAAUGGGAGGCAUCUCACUCAGCAAGCACCGUUGAAUCUGGCUGGUAAGAACUCUGAUAAAGGGGGAGAUGGUAAUCAGAUUUGAAAAAGGACCUAAAGACUUGAUUUUGACUUCACCUUUGAGCAGAUAUGCAACUUUAUAGUCUCCAAAGUAAAGAGAUAGAAUUGAAAUUUUGAGGCCAGGCUCUGUCAUCUUGAAGAUGGCAGCUAGAAAAUUUAUAUCUUUAUAAACUAGAGAUAGCCAGUAAUCCAGUGGAGAGCAGAGCCAGGCUUGUGCCAUACUCCAGUUUGCAACAUGAGUUUAUUGUAGGAUUUAUCCUCACAAAGUUAACAAUUGAAGUUCUGCUACUGAUGCUUCUGGGAUGUCCAAUAAAAGGCAAUGCAACACUCACCCCUAGAUAUAUCCA